AUGCCAUGGUUUUAUCAGACAUAUUCUUUAUGGCUUAUCCUUAUAGUAUUUACACUCUUGCCGGGGACUCAGGCGGAUGAUGACUGGGAUGACUUUACAAAUGAUCUUGCUACAGAUCUAGCGCCCAUUCUCGCUCUGUUCGGAGAGCGACUCACCAAACAAUAUCUCUCGGAGUCUAUCAGCGUACUGGAUAAUUUCAUUUUCGCUCUGGCUCCCUUGGGGAUCCUAACCGCCGUGGUCUCUGUCAUUCGUGUCUGCGGCAAUUCAUCACUCCGAGCAUUUGUUGGUCGAGGCCAGGAAGGUCCUGGAGAGGCGGAGCGUGAGCUUCUCUCUUGCGUAUCCGAGACAACUGCAGAGGUAUUUAAUAAUGGAGGUAUCUCGCGGGUUUUUGGAAAGCCCCAAGUAUUGGAACUCGUCGUAUGGGAGGACCAGAGCACAAAGAAGGGGGAGCGCUCGCUCCAUAUUGGGACCCUUCGCGACGCCUUGAGGGAGGGCGCUUGGUAUCGGGAAGGGUAUGAAAGGGGACACCUUGACGAGCAAGACUAUCCACCAACACUUGAUGUUCCUAACCUUUCGCUCAAUACUGGAAUCAAAAGAAGACGCCCGGGCUGGUUCUACUUGGCUGCUGGAUUGGGUUGCGUGCUGCAAAUAGGCGUACUUUUCUUGUCUGCGCUCACCGUUUUUUUAUAUCCGACCAGCUUUCAAAAAGAUGGGAAGCCGGUCGCAGCAUACGCCUUCCCGCUGUUCUUCCUUGGAUCUGUACUACUCUGCACAGGAAUGUUCCUCUGCGCUUUCAUUAUCGAACGGUCCACGAAGGAGUUUUAUUUGCGCCCUAAUAAGCCCAGUAAAAUCUAUUGGCUACAGCCAGGAGGGCAGCACAUUGGCGAACAAGUUUUCAGUGCCUUUUUAGAUGUCAAUGAAGGACCUCGUUCGCAAGCAAGCACUGACAUUCAAUACGUCAAAUCGACAAGGCAUGAAGGGCAUAAAGUCGACCACAUAUGGCUGGUUUUCACGGUACUUCUUACUGUCUUGGGAUGGGUCAUUCAGUUUGUUGGUCUAAGAGGGCUAAAUGCUGCGGUUUCACUGGCGCAAAUGGGGUCUACUCUUCUGAUGGCACUUGUGCGAACCUGGCUUCGGACAAAGAGGAUUGGAUCAGAUGAUAGUCGACUUACUCAAGAAGAAUGCCGACUUAGUUCACAUAAAAAACAAGAACUGGACUGUUUUGCGUUUCAUCUGGAAGGAGUCGAAUCAUUCAACUUGCGCGCAAACUUCGCGGACGAUGUCUCUCGAGCCCCAUCCAGUCUAUCUUCUGUGACAGCAACGGCGGCAGAACCGGACACAUCAGCUGGGCCCGGUAUCCGAUUGAUUCAGACAAGAGUUCGCCUAGCAGAGCUCACAUCCAACGCAGAGAAAUCUGGAAUCCAAGCGUGGCACGACCUUCCCAUUCGGAUUGCGACCUAUAGGUUGGCCAAGACAAUCGAGACAACGAUGGACCUGUUGUCCAGGUGGACAACCAUGGCCAGUGGCGUUUAUUACUUUACGCUCCCAUUUGAGUGCCUGUCUCAAAAUGAAGGGACUACUGUCACUUCCCUUGAGCAGAUUACACUGAAGAUCGAGCGGUCCGAAAAUAAGUUAAAAUGGACAGUUGACGUCGGCGAACUUGAGGCGAUAUUAGGCUUAUGGACGUGGUCAUUGUUAAAAUCCAACGAAAGCUGGCUCCAGCCAGAGCUUGGCCGGUUGGUUGGGCUUCAUGAGGAGGAGGCCAGAGCUGAAGAGACCGACCUCUAUUUUCACAAAUGGAUCUUUUGCGAAACACGGGCGGAAAUGGUUUCAUCCAGCGUGAUAUCUUCUUCCCGGCAACUAUUUGGUUUUUACUCGGACUCACAUCCGGAAGAUAUGGAUAUACUUGUCGUCAAGACCAAGAAUGGACUCGAGGAAAUGGCCGCUCAAGACAUUUACAUCCAUUUCCUCAACAAUAUUCUCGAGGGUCGACACCUCUCAGAUCAGGCACAAGUACUUUCCGGACCACAUGGACACCUUGCUUCUAGUCAUCAUCUCGAUGAACUGGUACAAUGUUUUCGGUCUGGAUAUCUUGGAUCGAGAGAAGACGCCCUGUUGUGCAUUGUACCUGUUCUUAGACGACGACAUCUUUUACCGGAUCUGGCAGCAGACACUCCUACCGUGCUUCAACAGAUUGACGGAUUGGUUACUAGAGGACAAUGGUCAGAUGCAUUCUCAAUUGUCCGUUGGCUCUGUAAGCGAUGCGAGGGAUCAGAAUUCGAGCGUUCGGCUUUCGAGUUAGGCCGGCUCUGCCAUCGGGCAAUAGUUCAUAAAGAUCCUGACGCCGAGAAACACGGAUACUAUGAGAGCUAUCAGAUUCUCCAGGCUGAUAGUCGAUCUGACUACUUCAAAAAGCUGAACCAACCUUUGGACAGAUUUCGUAAAGCGGGCUGGAUGGAUUCCCGAAAAGAACGUCAGUGGUGGAAACAGUUUUCUAUGCAGGUUGGAUGGGUCGCAUGGCAUCUUUUCAAUAGACGGGAUUUGUCAAAGAGAGCAGCCCUGGAGAAAUUAGGGGCUAAUGCCUACUUCAACUAUACGAGCGACAAAGACAUGUCCGAAAGAGACUUGGAACAAAUCAUGUCGGCGUUAUUCUCAUGGCUAACCAUUUUCCCCGAGGCCCGUCCGUCCCAUUUCUCUAAAUAUGACCUCUCAAAGGAGCAAGAUCUCCAGUGUUUAAGAUUGGUCAACCUGAACGGACUAACUUCCCUUCGCCAUUGGCUUAUGGUGCAAUGGGCUGAAGUCUGCAAGUUAAAGUGCGCGAUAAGCGCCACUGCAUUUGAGUAUGCGGCCCGGAGCGGAUCCGAUUCAGCAAUCGAAACCCUAUGCCGCCACGGUCUCGAUAUCAACGAUGCUGAGAAUCCAGGCGUCAGGACGGCACUGAUGAAUGUUGUCUCUCUUGAUGACAAAGACGCAACAGCAAUGAUUCUCGCACACGGUAGUAAAUUGAAUGUCUGCCACAAGCGGGUCGACUACGAACCGGUCUUUCUGAUGGCUCGAAGCCCAGAAGUCAUGGCAGUGCUUUUGGAAUAUGGGGCCGAUAUCGAGAGCACAGAUAGAGAUGGCAACACAGCCUUUCAUCUGGCAUGCGGAAGAGAUGAUUGCAAAUCCGCUUCGUUUCUCUUGGAAAAGGGCGCUUCGAUUAAGACAUUUGCAUUGGGCAUGACACCACUCACAUGUGCUGCUCAGAGAGAUAGUCCUCGCAUGGUUGAAUUUCUACUCGAUCACGGAGCGGAUAUCGAUGUGAAGAGUCGUAAUGGAAGGACGCCCUUGAUGACGGCAGCGUGUGAACCGUCACCAGAUGCGCUGCGUGUCUUGCUUGAAAGAAGAGCCGACAUUUACUUGGGGGACAAUGAGAACAGAACAGUCUUCGGGAUACUCAACGGGUGCGAUGAAUCUCUGGUUAAAGAAACAAAGGCUAUUCUGGAAGAACACUACUACAAAGAGCAGCAAUCUUCACAAGAGAAGACUCAUGCAGACAGUCGUGAGCAAUAA